ACGGCGCCUCUUGUACUACGUCACUCGUGUAUCUAUAGUUUCCUUCUGUUUUGAAACCCAAGCUUAGUGAUUUAGUUCCUUGAGAAAAAAAAUAAAGGUGAUUGAAGUGUUUCAAGUGUGAAUCUACACAUUUCAGAAGAUGGAGAAGAGAGUGGCCUUGGAACUAAGGGGAAGGACCCCAUCACAGGUUAAAGAGCUCAACUUGGACAACUGCAGAAGUACCAACAUCGUGGGGCUUACAGAUGAAUAUGUCAAUUUGGAAAUCCUCAGUCUCAACAAUGUUGGUCUUACUACGCUCAAAGCCUUCCCAGCUUUACCGAAGCUCAGGAAACUGGAGUUAUCGGACAACAGGAUAUCCAACGGGCUGAAUUUCCUCAAGGGUUGCAAGAAACUGACACACUUGAAUCUCUCUGGGAACAAAAUCAAAGACCUAGAAGCACUCAAACCCUUGGAAGAGUUUGAGUAUCUGAAAAAUCUUGAUCUGUUCAACAAUGAGGUUACUACUAUUGAUGACUACAGGAGUAAGGUGUUUGCACUACAUCCUUCGUUAAAGUACUUAGAUGGUUUUGAUAAGGAGGACCGAGAAGCUGAUGACAGUGAUGAUGAGGAGGAGAUGAACGGGAAUAAUGAUAGUGAUGAGGACGGAGAAGGUUCUGACGUUGAGGAAGAGGAGGACGAAGAUGAAGAUGUUUCCCUGAGGGCAGUCUACAAUGAGAAUCUAGAGGAGGAGAGCUCGGCGAGCUCCCUGUACGAGGGCAGCGACGUGGAGGAGGAGGAGGAUGAUGACGACGACGGCGAGGCGGGCGACGGCGACGACCACGAACACAACGCCAAAGCACAGGACGGCGAUGAGAACGCGGACGGCUCGCCCGAGGAGAGCACUCGGGGUAAAAAGCGGAAACACGAGGACGACGACGAGAAUUGAGUGUUGCCUUAGCGGAGUAUCGUACUAGUUUGUAAGUGUACAGCGCUCCGAUGCAUCGGACAAUAAACCUCUGUCGCACCCUCACCGCUACUAGUUGUCAUUGGUGAGAUCCCGCGGCACGCUUCACCGCGCACGGUAUGUGCCCGUACUCUCACCCAUCGUUGUCUUGUGUGAAAUCUGUAGUUUGUUGUCCGACAAGUUAAUGUUUCUAUUAAAUUGUUUAUGUAAUAAUCAUUUUUUAUUCUAUUGACAUGCUUAAUUUUAGUCUAAUCAUUGAAUGGAAGUGCAUGAUUUAGGAUUAAAUUAAAAUAGCUCUCGAAGAUUCUUAAACCUACAACUUUGGUAUGAAAUAUAUUAAUUAGAUUUAAGUGAGUGAACAUGAGCGUUGAAUGAUAUAAUUUCAUGUUCUUUAAAUGGAUUCCUUUAAUUCUUGGGCUCCGCCUGUGUGUUACGUGUUGAUGUGACGACCAAGUAUUAGGACUGAUAAUGGACAUGCAGUAAUACAAAAUUUACCGACAUUGGUGUCAAUUUUCGUGUAGUGAAAUGUAGUGUCUGUCUUUCUGGACUGUUUACAGUUAGAGAAGGAAAAAAAGUACAAGCUAAUUGACUUGCCUGAAGCAGGUCGUUCGUCGCUCCCUCAGAGAAUCCUCCGAGAAUGUUGUUAGGUAUCUAGCACAUAGAUGUGUUUACAAUAAAGGAUAAGGGUUGAGCUACAUCUGCCCGUACCGUAUCUCUAUUUCCUGUGCUUCUAUCUUUUUCUAUAACUCAAAACCUUUUUGCCAAAGCGAGAUAAUGCCACCGCCCGCGGCGAAAGCAACGAAGCGGUCGCAGUCAGCUCUUAGGCCAGAUGUAGUUCAACCCUAAACACUCAAUUACUCCUGUAAACUUUUGUUGUUCAUAUUCUAAAUUAAUGCUUUUAAAUUAAGAAUUUGAAUUUUACCUCUUAAGAGGACAGUGAGUUAUGUUGAAUUCAUUUUCGUAAUCUCACUAAUGAUAACUGCGAGAUAUUCAUCGUUUUCCUAGAAUUAAUCCAACGGGCGUAGUGAAUAACAUAAUCUUUGUAAUUAGAACAAUCUUGGUGUCUCAUGAGUUCAAGAGAGUAUUUUUCUACAAUCUUUUUAAAUUUUAAAAGAGCAAUUUAUGCACUAAAGAUAUCAAUGAUAAAAUAAUAUGAAAUGUUUGGUUGAUGCAUAUGGUGAACGUGCCAGAUAUGUUGAAGAUAAUUUUAGUUAAUAAUUUUAUUGUAUUAUGUAAGUCAUUAAGUUUAAGUAAUUUACAACUUGGCCUGUUGAUAUAUAUUAUAUUAUAAUCCUAUUAAGACUUUUAUUUCUGGGAUUGUAAAAUAAAAGCUAAACAUACA